UUGUCCUCGUGAUGACAGCAAAUGACAGCAGUGUUCGCUCUGGCUGAGCCCACAGAGAGACGGCCAGCCGCAGACAAACAAUCGCUCCCGCUUGACAAACCUCACGACCGGCUUUGUUUGGCGCCACGGCGAUACAACAACAUCUGAAUUCGAAGUCUGCUCUUUGCCUCAGUUUGUGUGAGCGAGUGAAGAUGGUGAAGCCAGACAUCCAUAAUCUGGCCCACCACCUGAAGCAAGAGCGGCUUUAUGUGGCAUCAGAGAAGCAGCUGAUCCAGAGGCUAAACAGUGAUGUCCUGAAGACAGCAGAGAGGCUUUACCGGGCGGCCUGGAUUGCCAAGCAGCAACGGAUCAAUCUUGAUCGUCUCAUUCUCACCAGUGUGGAAGCCUCUCCAGCUGAAUGCUGUCAACAUGCCAAAAUGCUGGAAGACACACAGUUCGUUGAUGGCUACAAGACUCUGGGCUUCAAUGAGACCAUGUAUGGUGAGUUCCUGGCCCGGCUGAGGGAGAACCCCCGGCUGGUGGCAUCGUGCUUGGUGGCAGGAGAGAGGCUUAACCAGGAGCACACUCAGGGUGUCAUCCACACUGUCUUCACCUCACUUUAUGGAAACUGUAUCAUGCAGGAGGAUGAGAGCUACUUGUUACAGGUGUUGCGGUACCUAGUAGAGUUUGAGCUAAAGGAGAGUGACAAUCCACGGCGACUACUGCGACGAGGCACAUGUGCCUUCAGCAUCCUUUUUAAGCUCUUCUCGGAGGGCCUUUACUCAGCCAAACUCUUCCUCACUGCCACCCUCCACGAACCCAUUAUGCAGUUGCUGGUGGAAGAUGAGGACCACUUAGAAACAGACCCAGGCAAAGUGACGGAGCGCCUCACUCCAGUCCAGCAGGAGCGCUUGGGAGAGAAGGGCUCUGAGGGCUACAAACAAAGAGUGCAGUCGGCUGUGGAGACUAAUGAAGCGAAGCUGGUUGCUCUCGUCAACAAGUUUAUUGGUUACUUGAAGCAGAACACCUACUGUUUUCCCCACAGCCUUCGAUGGAUUGUGUCACAGAUGUACAAGACCUUGUCAUGUGUAGAAGGUCUGGAGGUGGGUGAGGUUCGUACUAUGUGUACGGACCUACUGCUGACCUGCUUCAUCUGUCCGGCGAUUGUUAACCCGGAGCAGUAUGGUAUCAUCUCUGAUGCUCCCAUCAAUGAAGUGGCUCGUUUCAAUUUAAUGCAGGUUGGUCAGCUUUUGCAGCAGUUAGCAAUGGCUGAUGAUGAUGCAGACCCUAGGCGGAAAAGCUGUUUGUCCAAAUUCGAAAAAAGUUGUGUUGCUGCUUUUCUGGAUGUUGUGAUUGGUGGAAGAGCAGUGGAGACACCACCAAUGUCCUCCAUGAAUCUUCUAGAGGGUUUAAGCCGGACUGCAGUCUAUGUUACACAUCAUCAGCUGAUAGCACUGGUGGAUUUUGUGCGUGGUGUGAUGGCUGGGGACCACCUUCGGGAGGAGGAGCACAUGGCCCUUGAAACCCUGUUGGCCAAUGUACCCCAAUCACAAACUGUGAAGAGCAAUAGUCUGGAACUUACCCCUUCCAACACCCCGCAGCUCUCCCCUGCUAGCACUCCUGCCAACAAGAAGAACAGACUCCCCAUAGGACAACACUUAGCUGCUAUUACAUCCUGGGACCCCACAGCCACCUCCCUGUCCGCUCACAUUCCAUUAGUAACCCCAUUUGCUGCUCGGAGCCGCAGCCGUAUUAAUAUAGCCCAGGAGGUGGAGGCAGAGGCUAGCUCCCAAGAGUUGUUGCAAGAGCUCAUGCCAGAAGAGGUACUGGUGAUGUCGCUGGGAAAUGGACCUCAGACUGUCCCUGGAAUGAUGUCAGAAAAUGAGGUUUUAAACUCGCAGAUGGCUGAAGGGUCCCAAGGCGACAGCCAUGCCGAUGACAAUAAGCUGCAUGGUAAACCAGACAAAACUCUGCGCUUCUCCCUCUGCAGUGACAACCUGGAAGGGAUCUCUGAGGGUCCAUCUAAUCGUUCUAAUUCCGUGUCUUCUCUCGACCUGGAGGGUGAGUCAGUUUCUGAGCUGGGAGCUGGACCUUCAGGGAGCAACGGUGUGGAAGCUCUCCAGCUUUUGGAGCAUGAACAGGCCACCACUCAGGACAAUUUGGAUGAUAAACUGCGCAAGUUUGAGAUCAGAGACAUGAUGGGCCUGACAGAGGACCGGGACAUUUCCGAGACAGUCAGCGAGACGUGGAGCACCGACGUGCUUGGGAGUGACUUUGACCCCAACAUGGAUGAAGAUCGGCUGCAGGAAAUGGCAGGGGCAGCUGCAGAAAACAUGCUCGGCAGCCUGCUGUGUCUCCCAGGCUCAGGCUCUGUGUUGUUGGACCCCUACGGUUCCACAAUCUCCGAGACCACAAGCGAGGCCUGGAGUGUGGAGGUCCUGCCGAGUGAUUCAGAAGCUCCAGACUCGAAACAGGAGGAACGACUCCAGGAGUUAGAGAGCUGUUCAGGGGUUGGCAGUACCUCAGAUGAUACGGAAGUCCGUGAAGUCAGCUCGAGACCCAGCACCCCAGGCCUCAGUGUUGUCUCUGGUAUCAGUGCAACCUCAGAAGACAUCCCCAACAAGAUAGAGGAUGUGCGCUCAGAGUGCAGCUCAGACUUUGGAGGAAAGGACUCAGUGACCAGUCCAGAUGGGGAGGAGUCAGGCCACGGAGCACACCAUUUAACAUCGCCACCCUCACAGGCAGAUUCCUUAUUGGCCAUGUUUGAUCCUCUCUCCUCUGGGGAAGCUGCUUCUACUGGAACGAUAGUGAGACCCAAGGUGCACUAUGCCAGGCCAGCUCACCCUCCCCCAGAUCCCCCCAUCCCUGAAGCCUGCGCUCUGGGUCAGGAGACGCGCCACUCACUCUUUAUGCCCCACAGCUUGGCUCAGGCUGAGUUGGAGCACACCAAGCAGCGCCAUUCCUUUCCUGACCGAUUGGUCCGUAGCCGAAGUUCUGACAUUGUGUGCCCAGGCCGUCGACCAACAAGUGACCCCGGCCUCAAUCGCCGUGUCGCAGUUGAAGACCGUGACCCUGUUGGGGCUUUUGCUUUGGGGCCAUCUUCGUCACCCAGCAAGGAUUCUUUGAAAGGAGAGGUUGAGGAAAGAAAAGACAGUGAUGAUGAAAAGUCUGAUCGCAACAAGUCAUGGUGGAAGAAGCGUUUCGUGUCAGCCAUUCCUAAAGCUCCAAUAGCAGCAUUUCGAAAAAGAGACAAGCAGGACAAAGACGAUACAGCCCAGGAGCGAAUCCUGCAAGAUGACCUCUUACCCAGACAAAGCUCCCAAGUCCAGGCAGCUGAAGACAUUCUGGAUAAGUACAGGAACAUAAAGAGGACCAGCCCGAGUGAUGGAGCCGCAGUGGGAGUGGUUUAUGAGGGUGCUGGAGAUAUUUGCGUGGAAGACAGCGUGCACGAUUCUCAGAGAGAUGAUGCUCUGCAGAACAUUUCCACUGAUGACCUCCCAGACUCUGCCAGUCAGACAGCUCAGCAGCCUGGCUCAAAGUUCUCUUUUAGUGAUGCCAAGAAAAAGUUGAGGUUGGCCUUGGGCUCUGCAGACUCUGUGGCGCUGCCCAUAAUGACCUCCACAACUCCUCGAAAUGGUCUGCCUGACCAUAUGGACCCUGAAGACAAUGAGAUCGUAUGCUUUCUAAAGGUCCAGCUCGCAGAGGCCAUCAACCUUCAGGACAAGAACCAGAUGGCCCAGAUUCAGGAGACCACGCGCUGUGUCAGCCGGUUUGAUCCCCGCACCUGCAGGAAGCUUCUGGCUGCUAUAGCUGAGGAUUACAGAAAGCGGGCUCCAUACAUCGCUUAUUUAACAAGGUGCCGUCAGGGCCUGCAAACCUCACAGGCCCAUCUGGAGAGGCUUCUCCAGAGAGUUCUCCGAGACAAAGAAGUGGCCAACCGCUAUUUCACCACUGUCUGUGUUCGCCUCCUUCUUGAACACAUGGAGUCCAGGAUGCUUGACUUCAUCAAAGCAUUCAAAGGCUGCACGGCAUCAGAUGACAAGACUGCAGCGGUAGAGGAUUUUCUGCGCUACUUGUACGGCGCCAUGGCCCGUGAUGCCAUUUGGCAGUACGCAAGUGAGGACCAGCUGCAGGAUGCCCAGAUGGCCAUCGAGCGCAGCGUUAUGAACCGCAUCUUCAAGCUGGCCUUUUACCCCAACCAGGAUGGAGACAUUCUCAGAGAUCAGCUUUUCCAUGAACAUAUCCAGCGGCUGUCCAAAGUUGUGACGGCAAAUCACAAAGCACUUCAAAUCCCAGAGGUUUACUUGAAGGAGACUCCCUGGCCCUCUGCACAGUCUGAGAUCAGGACCAUCAAUGCCUACAAGACGCCCAGAGACAAAGUCCAGUGCAUCCUACGCAUGUGUUCCACCAUCAUGAACCUCCUUAGUCUGGCUAAUGAAGACUCUGUCCCUGGAGCAGAUGACUUUGUUCCUGUCCUUGUUUUUGUCCUCAUCAGGGCAAACCCGCCUUGCCUGCUGUCCACCGUUCAGUACAUCAAUAAUUUCUACGCCAGCCGACUGAGUGGGGAGGAGUGCUAUUGGUGGAUGCAGUUCACCGCGGCGGUGGAAUUCAUUAAGACCAUCGACGAUCGCAAGUGAAGCAGAACCGCCACCUGUAUGGGCAGACUGUGGGGGGAAGGAGCCGGGAGACUGGGAACCUUCCCACCCAACUGGCCCUCCGCCUGCUUGUCACGUGUAUAGCUUGUACAUAGCCACAGACGCUCAAAGAUUACAGAAUAUAUAAUAUUACUGUUCAUACGUUGAAAAAUCCAGGUCUUAGCCGUGGUGGGAAAACGGCUUUGGGGAAAAAUUGCAACAUCCUUGAACUUGAUAUGGGUCUUUUCCUUUUUAUCUUUCUGUUUCUCCGUUUUUUUGGGUGUCUGUCUUUAGGAGUUUAUAUAAAAUAUAUAAAAGCAGGUACAAUUAUAAAAUCAAAUCAAACCUGAAUGAUAAAUCUAUUUAAAGGGACCAGAUUUUGUUGGUGUGAUCAUCUCAUUUUAAGGAAAGUCGUUUUGGUUAUCUUACAUUAAAUUGUAUAUUGGAAACAUUGUUACAGAGUUCUAGUGACUCUUUCCAUUAGCCUACCACUCUAUUAGGCCCUAUUCUCCAUGUGCUUUAGUGAAAAAAGGUGGGCAACAUGCGCAAAAUUUUCCACUGGGACUUCAAUCUGUCACUCUGCGCCUUCAUUCAAGAUGUGCAGGCUAUAAAUGUGGAUGUUGUCUAUGAAAUCUGGCCUUCCGCGUACUCUUAGUUCUUUCGCACCUCUGAGGCUGGAGUAAGUCCAGCGCCUAUAGAAGCUGAAACAUUAUAUUGCACUUAAGUUUGGAUGCAGUGUACAUCACACAUAACUCAAUGGUUAACAAACCUUCCAGAAAACAAUCACAUAUAUUCUAUUCACUUCAAUUGAGACCCCUGGAAUCAUCCACUGAGGUGUGGAUAAAGGCACCGUAAUGUCAUGUUUGGACAUUCUAAAGGACGUACAACGAUUUCAUCCGGACAGUGAUCAUUGAACUAAAAUACAUACAUAAUGUAGCAUUUAUCAAUUGAUGGUUAUAAAGUUAAUAUCAAACUAAUCUGUCACGCUCCCUACGCAAGCACACAAACAGUUUUAGCCCCUCUGAUGUGUCACUGCUUCAAAAACAUUGUACUGAACAGAACUCUUAACAUCACAAAUAACAUCAGAGUGUCUAUUAUAAAGAAAUAUUGUUGAAUCUACGAAAUACUCACAUGCAUCCGGAAGGAAGAAGCUGUUGUAGCAUGCAUACACACACAUUACCAUGACAACACACACACAUGACAGGCACUGCCUGGAUUGAUACAAAUCCAUGAUAUCCAUUGAUACAAAGGUGCCCUGGCAAAGUCUGCCUCAUUAUUAAUGAGCCUCCCUUCAUUUCAGACCCAAGCAUGCUGGAUGGGAGAAUACACAUAAGAACUUGCGUUGGAUUAAAACAAAAACAGAACUUAAGUGCAAGCGGGAGAAUAGGGCCCUUAAUGAAUAAUAACAUGGCAGCUUAUUUAAAGACACACUCAACCCAAAUGCAGGUCAGUUGAUGAUUUGGACACGUUUGUAUGAAAUAGAUUAUAUUGAAUUCUGUUUUAUGCUUUAACUCACAUGCAUAUCUUAAGAGGCACUUGAUGCUGCUGUGAUUGUUCUAGAGAAGGUUAGGAAGGCACCUGUGCGGUCCUACUUUGUGGCUGCUAGGUGGUGAAAAGGACACAGGGUCAGCUCGUGCACAGUAUAGAUGUGGCGGCAUUAAAGAUAUAUAUAUUGAAAAUUAGUGCCUUCAUGUGGGUGUCCUGUACAGGUUACUAUUUGUUUUUUUCUGCAAAAACACACCACCAUACCGAAACAAACAAAUGCUUUCCACUGGGCCUUCUGCCUUGAAGACCACCAUGUUACUGAUCGCCAUGCCUCUGUCACUUUAAUGCACUUGAAUUUGAACAAACGCCCCCUUUUGUUUUAUAUCUGUGGGAUUAUCUUGAGUGGCAGUGUUGUACGUCUGCUUGCACUCACUUCUGCUGGCCUUUACCUAGAAUUGCGUUUUUGGUCAUUUAGCUGCAUCUCUGUUGCGAUAUCAUUAACCUAAGUGAACAUUUUUUUUUUUUUUCCGUAUGUGUGCCAGAAAAAAUGACGUCGUGGCCUGGGGCAGUGAAUGCUCUCUACCUCCCCUAUACACACAUUCAAGAAAGGGACAGACGUUUGUGCACUUCUGUUUAUUUCUUCUCCUUCAUCCUCAUAUAUUUGACAUGCUGUGUUAUCUCAUAUUUACGAUUAUAGCAGAAGCAUGGGUGCGAUUUGUCUGAAAAUACUGUUCUGUAAGCCCCCUUAUGCGCAAUGUGCCACAUUUAGUUUUUUGCGCCUCCACGACACGUCUUGUCAGCCAGCGGACAGCAUAAGACGUUACAGUACAUACAGUAGAAAAGGGAUUCAUAUGGCCCCAUUUGUUGCGGUUUACCUGACACAUGAAACGUGACAAAUUGGGAAGAAAUGCACUACCCACUUUAGACGCCUGACGGCAGUAGAAUGUUAGAUAUCUUAAAAUGUUUUGUGGCAAUUGCAACUUGCACCACAGCGUCAGUUGCUUUGUUGAGUGGCACUUUCCAUUAUUUUUAGCAGACUACAUUGCAAAAUGAACAACAUCUGCCCAGUAAUGAAGCCAUAUGAAUCUCUUCCCUACUAAAAUGACAGCAUAUUUGUCAAGGGCGUGAUUGUGACCCUUCACUGAGUUUUUUUGGAUACCAAAAGCUUUUCCCCGAGUCCUUCGAACUGUAUCAGAACUGUUUGUUUUUUUUGCACAAAAUAUGUAUGUUCCUCAAAUGUAUUGGCAGGGAGCAGUGCCACCGUGUGAGAUUAUCACAUAUGCUCACUUUCUUACGCUCAUGAGAACCAAUCCACUGGAACAUUAAGUUGUAGGUGGCCUCUAUUGUAGUGGUUUUCAAACUUUGUUCACCAAACCAUAAUGACCAACAAUAAAAACACGGUAGCCAA